AUGACCCGAGGAACUCGUGUUUAUCUGUUUCUGUUUACUUCCUGUUCAUGGCCCACCCUCUUGGAGGAAGGUGUGAGUUGUCUGCAGGGGACACGUGCUGCGCUGCUGGAACAGGCCUUCAGGUUAAAACAGGAGGUGGCAGCAGGUCUGCAGUCAGCCCGUAGCUCCGCCCAGGGGGCCCCGUCCCACAAGCUGCUGGAGAAUCACAUGCUGACCAUCGCAGCCAUCGUAAUGCAGCUUAGCAUGGGCUUAAGUAUACAAGUGGGUACAGGGUGUGAUGCCAGCACUGCCAAGUUGAGCGCUGACAUGAGCUCUGCGGAUCGACUGCAGCAGGAGGUGGCAGAGCCCGGGUCAGCCGCUGACGAACGGCUCAAAGAGCCGCAAGUCAAGCACAAUCACAAGGUUUAUAUGAGGCUGGAGGCCUCGUUGUCAGAGCAUUUCCAAAGACAAAAGGUCUAUAUGGCUGCUUUGCAUACAGAAGCCACUCUGGAGGCCCAUGUGGAGCCGUCUGAGGCCCAACGGGAUCAACCAAAACACUGUGAAACCAAACUCUGUAACAGAGAGGCCUCAGCGGAGGGCACCUUCCGUUGUGAGCUGCAGCUGCUCAAACAGGAAUGCCACAAAGGGUGCUUGUCUAUGCAUGAUGCAAUUGAGUUCCUAGUCGACACGAAAUCCCGCCUUGACAAGGAGAAGCUUCAAAGGGACCCCGGGCACGUCUGCAGGAAGCUGGCUCAAUGGCAUGCGACAUAA